ACCGCCUUUUCCCAGUGUCAACCACAGCACCGAAUCGUCGAGCGGUGAGCCGACAUUUAGGUAUCUGUCUUCGCCAGGAAAAUCGCAUUCAGCCGCCAUCGUCACGCUGACCUUUGAGAAAGCCAUUCGGACAGGUGGGAUCCUGCCGCACCUAGCAAUGGCCGACCCCGCUCGGUACCUGUACUCAGGCACGACUGGGAGGCGGUCGCCGCCUCUUUACAAUCCCGCGCGGGCUUCUAUGCCCGUCACGGCUAGCGGUUAUGAUCCUCUCUACGCCGGAGACAUUCAUGCCAUGUCAGCAUCCCACCACGAGGACCUAGUCUCCCGACCAGCCGACGAGUACCGCACCAGUGCCGUACCUGUCAGCGCAACUACGUACACCGUGCGCAAAGAGCCGCUGUCGAGGAGCACCAGCGUCAACGACGGCACUCGCCAGCACCGAGUCGUUGAACCGCCGUCCAAGCGGCCCAUCAUAAUCACCACCAAGCAUACUUCCUCGGGUCCCAGGUCGGGAAGCCCGUCGCGUGACCCCUACCGGUCAAGUGAUGAAUACUACACCCUCCCGGCAUCCUCUGUCUCGAGGAGCCGAGCCGCCGGCCAGGGCCCUUCGAACUCGAAUAUGGAAGACGAAGAAUACCGGCGUCUGAGGGAGAGAACUACCCGGGGCGGCGAUCCAUACCGACGCCCAGGGCCAUUGUACCCUCACCGCGGCAACACGCUGGAUUUUGAAGACGACGGGUAUGAGUACACAAAACCAAGUGACUUGGCCAGAUAUGACCUCGACCACGACCGGCCGCGGAGGAACCGUCGGGAGAGUCUUGACCGCUAUGAUCGAUACUAUCGUCCGACUGUCAGCAUUUCAACGGACCUAACCCGGCCGUAUUAUGAGCAGAGAGAACGGCGACCCCGGGGCCCGCCCCCGACAACGUGGGGCCUGGACAAGGUAAAUAGAGCCGCCGCCGGUGGAAUCUACGACGGUGCUGGCAUUCCAAUUCCCCUUCCUCCAUCGGUACCUCUGGCACCGGAUGCCAGGCGAUCAGGCCCUGGCAGCCCUACGGUCGAUCACCGGGCCGCCUCCCACGCACGGCCGCUUUCCCUGAUUCAAGACAACGGGGGACGGACUGGUCACCACGACGAUUACUACCGAGAUGACGAUUUGCCUCCCCGGGACUAUCGUGAUCGCGACUACGGUUACUUUCAGGACGAUAGCGUCGGCAUCCGCGGCUUUGGCAUCCGCGUGAACUCAAUGGACCCUGAGGAACAUCGCCUGCCCCACGACAGGCAUUAUCGAAGUGAUCGUCAUGAUUACUGGGAUGAUCGAAAAGCCUACGCCGAUCGUGAAUUACGAAGGUUGUCUGAUGAAGACCUGCAAAUUGUCAGACAUGAAUAUGAUGAUCGGGAUCACAGGCGCCACCGCGAUCACGAUCACGAUGACGAGGCGCCUCCCAAGAGAAAUACCAAGCCCCUUUCCGAUGAUGAACGCGAUAGCAAAACAGAUAAAGUCCGCGAUAAAGUUAGUGCUGGACUUGGCAUCGCUGCAGCUACUGUUGGCCUCAAGUCCGCCUUGAAGCGCCCGGACAAGGACAAGGAAGACGCCUCUCCGUCGAGAAGGCGUGAGGAUGAAGAAAGCAGUCACCACAAGCGUGAUGAAAGCGAGUCCCGACUCAGAGCUGCCCGGAAGGAGCCGAUGCUCGGUGACGAAGACUAUGAGAUUGUUGAACACCCAAGCGAAAAGCCGCGAAAAGGGACAGAGCCUGAGCCUGGCCCCAGCGGUAAGAAGAGAGAGGAUCAUGUAGCCCCCCCGCCCCGGGACCACUCCUCAUCUGGAGACGAAGGGAAGACCAAGAUUCGCCGUCGACAGCGGGCUUCCACCUUUGACCCCAAUGACACUGCCGGGCUAGCCGCGCUGAAGGCGCAGCUGGCUGCUACCGAAGGAAAAGAGAAGACUCCCAAAAACGACGUAGCCUCGCCCAAGGAGCCGUCUCCAGAUCGCAGAUCCUCUCCUGGCGGGAAGGAUGAUGACAAUGCGAAUUCUUCGGCCCUAGUCGUUAAGGAGGACCGUGACCCAAGCCCGCCGUCGCGUGACGAAAGGCAGGUCCGGGUUGUGCCUCCCCCGAACGAACCGGCCGAGAAGAAGCCGCUCAAAGGUAUCCUGAAGCCGCCAAAGCCACAGUUCCCUGAAGAGCCAAACCCUGUCCGCGAGGGUGUUGCACCCCACAAGGACGACAAGACCAAGGCGAAUGUGCCCCCUGGAGCUAGAUGGACCAAGAUCAGCCGCAAGAUGGUCAACCCUGAGGCACUCACCAUCGGGAAAGAACGCUUCGAGGUGCGCGAUGACUUUGUCAUUGUACUGAGAGUGCUGAGCAAGGAGGAAAUUCAGGCUUAUGCUACCGCGACCCAACAAUUGAGAGGUAGGUCCCCCCACUCCGUACCAUCCGAGUUGUGGUCCUAGAUCAAGGGCCAUAUGGAGAGGGCC